CUGGCAACUAAAUUUCCCUCUUUCCUCUUCCCUGAAGGCAAAAGAGGGAAAGGAAUAGAAAAUGAGUUGAAGGGAAGGGAAUCUCACGAACACAUAGAGGGGAAUAUGAAGGGAAGGGAUUCCCUCUUCGCUGUAGAGGGAAGGGAAGGAAUUCUUCAUUUAAUCAUUGCAGGGAAGAGGGAAGCGAAUUGGAAAAUGGGAAAAGUUGCAAGUCUAAUAGAAUUCUCGCCUAGCUCAUCAAAGGGUUCAGAAUCCCAUCAGGAAUUGUUUGAAAGUUGUAGUCAACUAAUGCUAUCCAUUCAAAAGCUUGAAGUCCCAAUUAAGAUUAGUUUGGCGGCUGCGGCCGGAUGUCAAUUAGUGGCCUCUUGUGAUAUUGCAGUGGCGAGUGAUUGCAGUACAUUCAGUACUCCAGGU